AAUGAUAUCUCAAAGGGACUGAAUUAAUUUCCGUUAGUUUAGAAAAAAAAAAUAAGAUAAACAAAAUAAAGUCCUAAAAGGAUAUGGAAUUGUAAAGCACUAUAUAAACAAUGAUAGGGCACCUAAUCUCAUCAUAAUUCAUCACCACAACUCUCUCGCAUCUUUCUCUCAUUAAGCUUUUGUUCGAGAUUUCACAAACUUUCUUCUUUGCUUUGAAAUUUGUUAAUCUUUCUUCCUCUUCAUACACUGUCUAAUCAUGGCCAUAACUACGAAGAUCUUCGGAUUCAUCCUGCUGGUGAUAACAACCUUCAUGGUUAUCUCGGUUUCCUGUUCUUCGGCAACAGUAUACAAAGUUGGAGACUCGGAUGGAUGGACUACCAAGGACGAAACCUAUAAUUAUUUUUGGGUUGAGGAUAAAGAGUUCCACGUGGGAGAUUCUUUGGUGUUCGAAUACGAUCCCCUAUUCAACGACGUAACUCAAGUCUCUGGUGCCUUGGAGUACGAAUUCUGCGACUAUUCUUCUGCUAAAGCUGUCUACAACACUGGACACGAUGUCGUAACCCUAACGGAACCAGGUUAUAUGUACUUCAUCAGUUCAAAUCGUCAACAAUGCGCAUCCGGACAGAGGCUUGUCGUUCAUGUCGUUCAUGACCCGUCACGUCCCAUUCCUCCACCACCACCGAGCAAGGUCCUCCUUCCUCUUGGAAAUAUCUACAAAGUUGGUAACUCUAAGGGGUGGAGUGUUCCUGAAGAGACCGACUUUUAUUACAAGUGGGCGGAGCAGAGUCACUUUGAUAUUGGAGACAAACUACUUUUUGAAUACGGCAAUGAAGAAAACGACGUCUACGAGAUCAGCGGAGACCUUGAAUUCUUAUCCUGUGACCGGAUUUCUCCAAUAUCCGUGCACAAGACAGGACACGAUCUCGUCACACUCACCAAACCAGGAGUCCACUACUUCAUUAGCUCAAAGACAGGUCACUGUGAGGCUGGGCUUAAACUACGAGUCGUGGUCGGACCACUCACCAAACCCGUAACUGUCCCCAAUGUUCCUGCGAAGCAGAUGGAGUUGACACUUAUGGACCAGUACAACAGAUGGUUACGCUCCUUCAGGCCUCAACCUCAUAACUAAGCAUUCGCUUUUGUUAACUUUUUUAUAAUUUUUGUUUCGAUUUAGUUUUUUUCCCGUCAUCGUUGUACAGUUGCUUUGAUUCAGUCAGUAUUAAUAAAAUUUCAGAUUCCUUAAAACA